AUGAACCCCGACGGCGACGACGACCGCUCGUCUUCCACCCCGACCGCCGCGUCCAAAUCAGUUUCCGGCCAGGAAAAAGAGAAGCCCCGUUUGACCGACCAGGAGAAGAAGAAUAAUCACAUCGCCUCCGAGCAGAAGCGUCGUGCCGCGAUCCGUGAGGGUUUCGACCGUCUGACUGAGCUGGUGCCUGGCUUGGAGGGGCAGGGCCGCAGCGAAAGCAUUGUGCUGCAGAAGACCGUCGACUUCAUCCACCUGAAGCUGCAGGAGCGUCACAACCUUAUCGCCGAAAUUGAGAACAAAGGUGGACGAGUUGAUGAUUCCUUCCGGCCCUCAUAG